AAGUAGGUAGGUACAUCAAAUCGUUUUUUUUUUUUGAAAAAAAAUUCCAUAAGACUUCACAGCGCUUUUCCUGGAAAAUUUUACUUUUGGUAAAGUGGCUCCUUUUCAUAGUAUGUGGUAAUGUUGUAGGUAACAAUUCCAAGCUUCAUUUUCUGUUUUUUUUUUCACCAUAGAUAAUGAAAAAUGAUAACCAAUAAUAAAAAUUGUAAAGUAAAGUAAAAAACUGACAACUUUUUUCUAAUAUUUUACUCGAAUGAAAAAAGAGCGAAGAAGUAAUAAAAAACAAAGUAAGUACACGGGGAUUUUUUACGUUUUUGUUCUUGUUCUUCAUUGGUUCUUUUUAUUUUAAAAUUUAUUUCGAGUUUUUGUUGUUGUUUUUAUUCUCUCAAAAAUGCUCUGCGCGGUCUUCAAGUAUUUGUAGGUUUCUUCGGCUGAAAAUUUUCGGGGGUACCUAACGAGAAUAUUUUUUUAUUUAUUACAAACCUACUUAUUUUAUCCCCGUUUUUAAAAAAUUGGAAAAUUUUUUGUAAAGAAAGUUCCUAAAAACCAUUUGGAAAGUUUUCUGAACUUGUCACCUUUUUUUUUCUUUUGAACCGAACACCUGAGUACCAUAAAAUAAUAUUAUAGGUAGGUACUGUUCUUUUUUGUUUUUAUCAAUCCUAGUAGGUACCACAAAUGUAUUGGAAAUUGUAAAGAAAGAUAAUGAACAAUGUUUCGGGUUCAUUUUAAGGUUACAAUGAACAUUUCAAAAUUUAAAAUUAUACAACGACUAAGUCGUUUAAAAAUAUCACCAUUGUCUUCUACAAAUUUUCAAGUACCUACGAUACCUACGUAGUCGUCGUCGUCGUCGUCGUCGUGGUUCCUUGUCCUUUACAGGACAUUGGAAAUCGCAUUUUUGUGGUACCCUUACAGGGUGAGGCGAAUGCCUAUUGCCACUGCGAUUAUUCUGGGGAAUCGACGUUGUUUCGAGCUUCCACUAGUAGUUUCCCGUUGCUUUCUAGUGACAUCUACACAAGCACCUUGGAGCUAGCCGGGUAGUUUAGAGACCCUGAGCUCCUCAGUGUUGACCUCUAUAGACGCUCGAACCAGUUUCAGCUUUUUGAUUCUGCUAACAGAUGGCGUGCAUUAUCUGUUAGCUCGGCUAAACUGGUAGUCCCCCGGUACUUGGCGUGUAAUGUUGAUAAUUGCACGAACGAUUUUUUAAUUACACGCACAAGCUUGCCUCUGUAGCUGGGUUUGAACCGGGUACCUCUUGAACGGAGGUCCGCGGCUCUACCUACUACGCCACCGAGGGACUACGUAGUCGUAGUCUACUUUUUUUCGCCUGCGUUUUUAGUUGUUACACGUCGACCUAACCAAUCAGUUACCUACCAAUAUAAUUUCAGCCUGUGAGAAUAAUAUCGCGUUGCGAAAAACAUGAAGCCAUAUUUAUUUUCGUUUUUGUUCGCUAUAUUGUUGGUUGUUCUUUUACAACUUAUAGCAAUGUCAGAAUCUUCCGAAACACUUCUAGAAUGUAUCAGGCAUUUAAGGGAGGGAAAAAACUGUAAAUGUAUGACUGGUGGUAGAUAAUUUAUCCGAUGGUAAAAAAUGAUUUAACUACGAAGGCAUAUCUCGUAUAUAUUAUCGCUAAUAUGUACCUAUUUUAAAAUAUACCUAUAUAUGUACUUGCUAAGAAUCUGACAUUUUAUUAUACCUGACUACGAAAUCUUAAAAAAUAAUAUCUACACUCUACAGAUCUAAAUACACCUAUAAAUGCUAACGUUAACUUUUUUAUUGGAUACCUAUUUAGAUAUCUCUGAAUUGUGAUAUUCAUAAGGUACCUACCCAUUUUAGUAUCUUUUUUUUUUUCAUAUUCUUGUUUGUGUUACCUAUCAAAUUUCGGAAAUAAAUGAUAUAUUGUAUCAAAAUAUGUAGUUGGCGUAAGUAUCUAUAAGGAUUAUAAUUUAGAUAUCUACCUAUAAUAAUGCGAACAAUAUUAGUUAUUUUCAGUCAAGUCAAAUGUGUAGGUAGGUACAUUUCCGUAUGAUUCCUUCAAGAAACCUACCUAACAAGUAUUUCAAUUUUCAACUAUUAAAAAAAAUCUGCAGUACUGUCAACUGCCCUAAUUUCUGACACCAGAGGUAAUUUUGGACCCUAACAGUUUUUUCAACUUCAUUGAUAGAAAAUCAGAAAAUGAUACAUGAAAGUUUUAUGAUAGCUUGGAUCUGAGCUUUUUCAGUUUUUCGUUGAUGCAAAAAUUGUUAUCUCGUGUCAUUCAUUUGGCCAUUCAACUUGGGUGAUUUUUCUAAAUGCUGCACAUUCAUACUCCAGCAUAUACCUACUAAAAUAGGGAUAAUUACACCCCCCCCCCCCCGCCAAUCCUCUGAGACAAUUUUUUUUCUCAAAGAAGGCACCCUAAAUAACAUUUUAAAGCAAACUUAUCGGAAAAAAUUGGCCUUAAUAACAAAAUGGCGGCCAUUUUGAUUGACAGGUCAGCCGAAAUCGCAGAUUUUGCAAUCGAACGCAGGACUCGCGCGAAAUUUUUGAAUUGGACAAAUCCAGAUCGAAAGAGCGUACAAAAAUGUAUCAUCAGCCAAAAUUUCAAGUACUUAGUGUAUUUUUCGACUUUGGUGAAUUUUUAAAAAUCAAAUUUAGGCCAAAAAUGAGAAAAAAAACAAAAAUUUUACCAAAUUGACCUAGAAAGCUGAAAUUUGGCAUAUACUAUAUUUUUGUCCAGCCAAACUGAUUGGAAAUGGUUUCAAGCCAUUUUGAGCAGUUCUGGAGCCUCUAGCAGAUUUUUCAAACUUGAAAUUUCCAUAAAAUUUCAUCGAAACACGUUACAGAACCGAAAUUUACGCUGCACUCCAGUUAAGUCAAGUAGGUUUUUGAAACUUAGAAAUUUCCACAAAUUUCAUCAAAAUACAGCUGAAAGUGGAAAGCAAAUAUUUAUACCGUAAACUAUGUAAUUUCAAUACGCUAAGAAGUCGACUGUAAGCGCAUUUCAAAUCAUUUUAGAGCCUCCGGCGACUUUUUGGAAACCAUGAAAAAUUGUCAAAAUGAAAAAUUCGACCUGGGGAGCUUGUAGAGCAUUCUUUUGGCUAAAAAUAGCAAUUUUUGGCAUUGGCCUACCUUCAUUUUUGAAGGAUUUAUGCAACUUUGAAGCAGAUCAAUUUCUGUAAAAGGGCCUUCCCCUAUAAGAUGGGUGAAAUGGCCCCUGAUCCAUAUGGGGUCGAAAGUGGUCCAAAAAGUCACCCUUGAUGUAAAAACUCUCCAUAAAAAUUUUUGACCUCCCAUCCCCUCCCCUUUCGGAGAAACUGCCCCUAAACAUAAAAACUUCGAAGGUUUGUUUCUCGGAGGGGGGUGGAUGAAAAAUUUUGAAAUUUUCACAGAUUGUGUACAUCAUGUAGGGGUACACACAGUAAUUUUUUGAAAAUUUUCCCUUCCAUUUGUUGGCAAAAUUGGUCUCGUAACGAUAACUGUAACGUUUUAGUUCGAUAACUUUUUAGUUUUUUAUUUUUAAAUAAAAAGUAAACUUCGGUUUCGCGAUAUAAAUAUUGUUGGUUACAUAUUAAGUGAAAUUUUGUCCUUUUCGUAAAAUCGCGUAAACUGUUGGCUGUUAAAUUAUCGUCGUAUAUUCGUUGUUUUCGUUAGGUUUUAAGUUCGUUCGCGUUAUUAUUGAUUUAAUCUUCGAGUUGUAAAGUUAUCAAGUCGAGCAUAAAGCUCUGUUUUUGUUGUUGUUAUUUUCCUUCGGGUCAAUAACCUAGAAUUAAAAAUAAAUCUUUUAUUUUUAUUCUGUGUAAGAUGUCUGUUCGAUUUGUUCGAGUUAAUUGAUGUCUAGUAGUCAGGUAUUUUCCAGUCAAAGGGAAUUUAUCGUACAUGGUAGCGUAGAGCGUAGUUCGUGAAAGCUCUGUUUCGCAAUUCGACGUCCUGUGUGGAAUUUUCUGGCUUGUGUAGCUUCAGCGUAUUGGUCUGUGUGGUGUUCGACGAAGUAAAUGUCGACAGUUCUGUCCUAUUUGCGGUCAGGAAAAUCGGUCAACGUAGACGACGACGAAAGUAGUUCGGAUAAGCGUAAAUCGAGCGCUGAAUUUCGUGGUUUUUCUGAAAAAGAAAAACCAGAACAAAGUAUACCGAAGUCGAAAGGUAAAAGUAAAGUAACGUUACAGCACGUAUCUGAGUCAUCCGGCGAUUCGGAAGCUGGUCCAAGUUCAGCAGGUUUUGGUGAUUCGACAUCUGACGAUCCCACGAUCCCUGUUGAUUCCGUUCCUCCUCCGUCUAAUCCACCAUCCGGUCCUCCACCUCCUCCACCUCCUGGUCCAUCCGACGACGACGAGUCUGAUAUCGAAAGUAGCGACGACGAGUCCGACGAAAACGUAGAUCCGCGUAACGAGUCUUCGAGCAGUUCAUCCGACGAAAGUAUGUUCGGUGCCGGAGAUAAUCGUGUAAUGGAGUCGAUGGUCUUUCGCAGUACGGGCUUCGUGUCCUGGAAGAGAAAAAUCAAAGUAAUUCUAUCGGCUAAAGGAUUACAAACCGCGAUCGUACAAGUAAAUACUCUAUCGCCGCGUAAAAAAGCGAAAGCUCUCGAAAUUUUAAUUAGGCACGUAGCUGAGAACGUUUUCCGACUGGUCAAGGAGACAGAGGAUCCGUACGUAUUCUCGACGGAGCUCAACUCCUUGUACCAGGCGGAAAACCAAGCAGCAAUAAUCGACUGUCGAACCAGAAUUUCGAAGAUUGUCAUCGACAUGUACAAAGGUCCGAAGGAGUUCCUCGAAGCGUUUUAUACGUUGGUCAACGAUAUGGAAAGUCUCCAGGUAAAGUUGACCCCUUCGGAGGUAUAUACGUAUUUAAUCAAUGCUUUAGGCAAUUCGCCUAAGUAUGAUUCUGUACGUAUGACUGCGCGAGGUCUUGUACACGUAACUGCUGGAGACCCCAAUCCAAAAGUAAUUUCAUCGUUACUUUUGAGUUUGGAAGAUGCUUCGAAGAACUCCUCGACUUCGAAAAGUUCGACUAGUACCGGGUCCGCGAUGGCCGCUGCCGAUAACAACCAAUCCGGUAAUAAACGUAAUCGUAAUCGUAAUAAAUCGCGUAGUAGUAAUUCGAACUCGUCCGGUAAUUCGUCGAACGGUAACGGUGAUUGUAGUGGUAGUAGUGGCUUCGUACAAGCCAAAGAUCGUACCUGCUAUAAGUGUCACAAACGUGGCCAUAUGGCCAAGUCUUGUCGAUCCGCCGGAGGGAACUUUAGGAACGAUACCAACCCUCGGGGAAGUAUCGUUUGCUAUCGUUGCAAUCUGACAGGGCAUAUCGGUCGAAACUGCCCUCAAAACGGUGAUUCGUCGCGUAAUAAUGGUGGUAACGGUUCGUAGAGUGGUACGUCGGGUACGUCUGGUACUGCAGGUUCGUCCGGUUCGUCAGGUCCUCGUCCGUCGAUAGCGUUAGGUCUGUAUUCGUCGCCUACGGAAAAAAAAGAAAAAUUCUCGUUAGAUGAAGGUCGUAGGUGUAAUACCGUAGAUGAAUUCGUUAAAACUCAGUUCGGUCGUAGUAAUUUCGGUGACAGUGUUGCGAUAUCUAACUUCGGUACGUCGCGUAACGUGAAUAUCGGGUCAAAUUAUUUUUUAGGCGACUCGACUGCUUUGAAUCUCGGUGAAGAAAAUGCGUAUGUCGAGACAAACGACGACGACGGCGUCGAUUUCAUCACGUUUGUCGUCGAUAGUGGUGCGACAUCGCAUUUUCUGAAGCAUCCAGGGAUAUUGCACGAUGAGAGGAAAGUUUAGGAAACUUUACAAUCCGCUCAUCGGGAAGUAUCCCUGAUGAAAGAAGGAGUAGGUCGAUUGAGAGUUUUAGCCGAUGACGGAAACGUCUAUUGGUUAAAUGAGGUAUUCUUUGUACCUAGUCUUUCGUUUAGUCUUCUGUCCGUGUCGAAAAUCGUAGCGAACGGUUAUCGUUUCUUCUUCGAUGAAGAUCCUCGUUUGGUCGAUCCUGCGGGAAAUAUUGUUUCUAGAUUAGUUCUUAACGAUAAUGGAUUGUAUACGAUUCAAUUUAUGAUCAAUAUACCUCCUCUUUUGUACUCUUGUUUUUCAUCUGCGUUAAUGUCUGACGAUAAUAGCGACUCAACAAAUGUAGGUAAUACUUCGACGACGAUAGGUAAUGAUUCUGGAAUUGGAAACUCGAAUGGUUCAAGUGUAGGUAUUGGAAAUACCGGUACGAUUAGUGACAGUGAUGUAAAUCUGAAAAAUAAAAAACAGAUAAACAAAUUGAAAGGUGAAGGUGACAUCUGGCAUCGUAGGUUAGCUCAUACGAGCAAGACGGUACUAGAUAAGAUCCCUGAGUUACGUGGAUGUGAUUGCCCACCUUUCAAUCAGUGUCAAAUUUGCUGUAAAGCAAAACAAAAGAAACAUACCUACGAUUCAAGUAGGUAUAGGUAUCCGAACCCACUCGAUCUUGUUCAUAUUGACGUAAUGGGUCCUAUUACUGAAGGACUAGAGGGCGAGCGAUAUUUGAUUGGCUUCGUA